AUGGAUCUGACUCUCAAUGUUCAAAUGAGUUGCGAAAAUGAAGAAUCCGACAAUGACAAUGCAACGUUAGAAAACGUUCAAAAUGAGAGAAAAUACAUAGUGUUUGAUAGUUGCCUGAGACAGUUAGUGAGUCAAUGCCCAUGUUGUGGUGAAAGCUGUUCCAUUGUGACCAAAACGGCUGGUAGUAUGGUUAACGUACUAGCAAAAUGUCAUUGUGGUUAUGUUCGAGACUGGAAUAGCCAACCUCUGCAUGGGCGAAUGCCUUUGGGCAACUUGGUCUUUGCUGCCAGCAUCUUGUUUAGUGGUAGUAGCCCCAGCAAAGUUCUUAAAUUCCUUCGUCACUCAGGCAUACAAUUUCUGUCAGAGCGCACAUAUAGCAAUAUUCAAACAGCGUAUUUGAUACCCAGUGUUUCAAAUGUUUGGCAUAUGAACCAAAAGCAUCUUCUAGAAUCAAUCAGAGAAAGGAACAUUAACCUUGGAGGAGAUGGAAGAUGUGAUUCGCCUGGAUACUGUGCCAAGUAUGGGUCAUAUAGCUGCAUGGAUUUGGAAUCUAACAACAUUUUAGACACACAACUUGUUCAGUGCAAUGAAGUGACGAACUCUGAAGCAAUGGAACUUGAGGGAUUAAAGAGAUGUCUGGCAAAGUUUGAUGAAAGUGGGAUGAAGGUUAAGUCAAUGACCACAGACAGACAUGCUCAAAUCAAAUCCUACAUGAAAACAAAGACCAAAAUCAAGCACUACUUUGAUGUAUGGCAGCAAAAGGUAUAG